GUCUAUUAAAAUCCCCCCAAACCCCUUCUUCAGCUUCAUUCUUCCUCACUCACUUCCAUUCUUAUCUUCUCACUUUUCAAUUUUAGUUUCUCUGUUUCUUCUUCUUCAUCAUGAUCAGAACUAGAGAUCUUCAGUUGCGAAGAGCUGAUCAAUUUCACAAGUUUCUUAAACCCGGAGCCCUCGCCCGCAUCCGUGACUCCCGAAUCAGUGCUCGAUCCCACCGGCUUAGCUCCCUCUGCCAGAUCUCUCUUUGCCCCAACUCACCGCCGUCCUCCUCGCGUUCGACUGAUGGUCAGCCUCAGAUCAACGUCGCCGAGGGUUCCCCUCUCUUUGCCGGGAGGACCUACGGUCCACGGUGCCCUCAAAGGAAGAAGCUCGUGGCCUCCAAGUAUGUUUUGUCUGUUGCCGCUGCCCCUUCCAAUCUAACACUGAAUCUGCCCGAUCUCAUCACCGAUUCGUUUAAUAAUGACGUUGUUGUCACUAAUUAAUUAUGGCUGUCCCUUUUGUUGAAAAACUGAGGCAAUUCUUUUGUUGUAGAAUGCAGAGAAGUCUAUCUACAUUUGUAGAUGUCCGGGCCCUGCCCUCUUGGCUCUUCGAAUUAUGUAUGGCAAAAAAAUACUCAUAUAGAACUGAGAUUAAUAAUAAAAUUGCAGAAGUCCC